CGAUAGCACCUAGCUUUUCAUCAAUCUUUUGCCAGCUCUAUGCCAAACAAUAACAAUGAACCGGCAGCGUGAGGAUAUUCUGCGGCAGGCGAUCGACAAAAAUGCCUACCAUACAGAGCGCUGGCAGGCCUUCAAGAGUGACAACGAAAGCACCAUCCGAAACCUGGACUUGUUCUCCCAGAAACUGAGCGUGGACAUCAUGGUUCCCAUCGGCAAGAAGGCACUAAUGCCCGGCGAGCUGAUCCACACCAACGAGCUGCUGGUGGGCCACUACGAGGGCUACUUCUCGGCCUGCUCCGCCCACAAGGCCAAGGAAAUAUGUCGCCAUCGCAUAAAACUCGCCGAGGAAAGCCUGAAACAGCUGGAAACCGAAGCUGAUCUCUGGCAAAACAAACUCAAGACCCCGCUCGAGGAGGGUGCUGUUCCCAGUGGCGAUCAGGUGGAGAUUGUGGAAGAUUUCAACGAGGAGUCACAUAACAAGUGGAUGGCGGAGCAUAAAGAGCGGGUGCGUCAACAGAAGCAAGAGGAGCGCCUGAAACGUCAGGCGGAACCCCAGAAAGGGGACAACGAAGUGCUCAAGAAGCUGGAAGAGCGCGAGAUGAUGGAGGAACUGGGUCUGGACCCCGACGAUAUUAACGAAGAUAUGCUCGAAGACCUGCUGAACGGGGAGAAAGAACCCACGAGACCCACAGAGAAGCCCAUCCCCCAAACCCUAACCGAUGAUCAGGAAUCGCAGCUCUGGGAGAAGCUGGAAGCCCAAGAGCAAAACGAAACUGAAGAACUCAGUUCCGAAGCAGAAGAGAGCCUGAAAAGCACAGAUAAUCUAGUUCGUCAACUAAUGUCCGGUGAAAUGGACACACCAUUGCCAAAAAAACGCGUUGGUGGUGAAAAACAAACCACAGAAGGGGAAGAUGAUAAUGAAGAUGAUGAUGAAGAAGUGACCCAAGUGGAGGAGGUAAAGACUAUAAGAGAGCAAAUCUCUCUGCUGCCCAGCGAAGAGCGGCAAGCGUUUCUCAGAGACCAACUUAAUAUCCUAAAGGCCAAGAUGCGCAGGAUACAAAAGGCCAACUUUAUCAGCGACGAACUGAUUCACUUGAUGAAUGUUGUGGUGGUGCUGGAGGACGAUCUUCAGGACAUGAUAUUCGAGCAGGAACUGGAGGACAGCGGGGAAGAUGGGGAACCAGACGAAACGGUUGAAGAGACUCAUAAAGUACCUGAAGACAGCGAGGAAACUGUGGCUAACGAGCUUCCGAAAGCAGAAAUUAAAGCUGUGUCUGAAAUAGUACCUGAAAAUGGCACCAAGACCCGUCGCAUAUCUUUUGCCCUUUCGGAUGAAAAGCUGGAGUUCCGGCGCGAGGAUACCGUAGCUGAAAUGCUGCCCAAUGCCAGGAAAAACUCCAGGGAUGUCAUAAAGCUAGAUGAGCCCUUGACUACCCAACCCGCCUCCGAAAAGAAGCCAAAUCCAUCAAAAUCAACUAAUGAAGAUAUCCUGCAAAAGGUGCAAAGAAAUAUCGAGUUUGUCAAGGAGAAUCAGAGUGUACAGGACUUUGAUUUGCUCAAUCAGAUUCUGGAGGCAUCAACCGGAAGGAUUAACACUUUACACAUUAGUUUCAAACAUUCCGAUGCACUGCCUUCUACACACAAAAGUGAUGAUCAGGAGGAGGGUGGUGCCGACACACCUGGAAACCCCGCGGAUUUCUAUAAGAAAUACGAAAAGGAUUUGGCCCAAGUGAAUCAAUCGUCGUUUCCCAUUUAUGUAAACGGCUUCGAGGGCGAGGAAGAGGUUAAAGUGCCCAUAAUGAGCGAGGCUGCCCGCGGGUCAGCCUACGAGGAUCCAAGAAGUGAGUUCUCUAAGCCAAUUGCUUCACAGGGAGGUGAAUCCACCGACUCCGAGUCCACCACCAAGUCCAUACUCCGAAAUAAAUCAGCUGUGGAAAUGGAGCCUCGUGUCAACUUCAACCAGCAGGCAAAAAAGGGCAAGAAGGGCCGAAAGCAGCGAAAGAAGGAGCGCACCUUGGACGACGACCUGCGGGACAUGAGCGCCUAUCAAAAGGUCAUGCACGAUCUGGUCGAGAAGGAGGAGCCCACGGCCCCGGAGCCCCUGCCCAAGGGCAAGUUCAUUGACGCGCACACGCCCAAGAAGCGGGUCAGCCGCUUCAAGGAGCAGCGAGCGGCGCUCAGCAAGACUUAGCGAAGAGUGAAACUUCAGCUGGGAAUUACUGGUAUAUCUGUUCAAGUUUAAUGUGAAUUUGUAUUACAAACACAACGCAAACAAUAAACAAUAAACAACUACUA